AUGAUAUCUCUACGACUGAUAGAAGGAGAUCGAACAGUCUACCUCGGAGUUUACCAGUCAAGAAAACUGCAAGUUCAACCAGUUCAACUCAUAGUUCACCAUAAAAAGAUCCGAAUGGCAAUUUUAUAUCCAGAACUCACAAGUGCAGGGGAUGGCGAAGUAGUAACCGCAAUUGAGCAUAUUCUGGUGUGCGAAGAAGGUAACGCGAUAUUGGAGGAGGUGGCCCAAAUAAUAAGAAAAUCGAAACCCGAUCUAAAUUACGAUAAAAUCCAUCAUGAUAAGAAUACCUGA